AUGGAUAAUAUACAAAAAGUUUCACCAGACAGUGAUUUGGACACACCCGGGGGAAACAUGAAGAAAAUGAAAAAAGUUGAUGUCGAUGCGGGCGGGCCAGCAACACAUACUAGAGCAGGUCAACAAUCACGGGCGGAUAGCAAAACAAAGAAAAUCGUGAAAAGGAAAUUAAUAGUCGACAGCGACUCAGAGAUGGCUGGAGAAUUCACCUUGGGUCACAAAGGCGAUGCGGUCGAGCCAGAGAAGCAUGCAACUGUGGUGAGGGAAACAAAAAAAGAAAAACAAGAACGGGUGCUAAGGCGAAGUGGGAAACCACCAAAAAGCAAUAAGUGGCCAAAAAUAAAAACACGUUCAGCGCCUAUGCAAUUGUACAAAUGCAUCAAGUCUCUAACCAGUAAUCAACAAGAGGAUGUGAAGAGGAUGGGGUUUGGUAAGAUGCUAUCUUUCAACAUCAGUAGCAUACCUGCAAAGCUUGCACACUAUGUUGUGGAUCACUUCAAUACAGAAGAAAUGGCUAUCGAGAUGUCCUGUGGGUCAAUAAGUGUUGAUGUUGAGUCUGUGCAUGACCUUUUUGGAAUUCCUAACAAAGGCAUAAACAUGCAAAAUGUAAAACAAUCUGAGAAGCUUGAUGGUGCUGUUAUGGCAUGGCGAAAAAGAUACCGUUCACGAUUUGUGGCGCCGACAAAACUGGCACAAUCUAUAGCCACAAGUGAUGAAGACAAUAGUUUCAAUUUCCGUCUAGACUUCCUGAUGUUAUUCUUAACCGUCAUGGUUGAGUGUAAUAGAAAUGGGCGAAUGAAGGAGUGGAUUUUGAAAAGUUUAACUGGAAAUACGGAUUUCAGUAAAAUUAAUUGGUGUGCCUACGUCAUUCAGCAAAUUAAAUCUUGUAAAGACGGAUGGAAGAGGUGUGAUCCUGAUUCUCCAUUUUCAGGUCCACUCACGCUUUUGGCUCUGUUGUACGUUGACCGAGUUAAAUGCACCGGACUUGAAGUGGACCGGUCAAUCAACCCAAUCGUAUUGUGGAAUAAAAACGAAUUGAAAAAGAGAGAAAGAUUGGAGAUUAAAACAGGUGGUUUUGGAAGAGGCAGCUUGCAUGAAGUUGCUGUGGUUAAACGGGAUUUUAGGAAAACUGAGUUACGAGUUAAUGAUGAAGUUCUUAAUAAUGAGAUUGAAUCUAUUAGAAAGCAUUUGGAUGUCAUGGAAGCCAAAAAGCUAACGGUACAAAAAAAGUUGGAGGUUGUGUUUAAUGCUCAUCCACGCAAUGUGCAAGUUCAGAAAUUGAUACAACGGUAUGAGAAGAUUGUUCACUCCAGGAAAACAAGGGUGUGGCUUGUGCCUGAUACCCCACAGAAAAAAAUUGCCGGGGUCCUCAUGUCUCUCAAGAAGACAGUGCAAACCCCUGAAAAUGAUUACACGGAAGAAGAUCAAGAUAAUGCCGCAGCUGCAACUGAGGUGGCAAACGUUGAUGAUGAGGGUGAGGGUGACAAAACACAAGAGAAGAUACCAGAUUCGCCGGCUACUACACAAAAAAAUGUCACAUGUGUAGUGACACGCGACGAAGAAAGUCAGGCAAAAGAUCAAGAGAAGAAAGCUUCACCGAGAAAAUUGGACACCAGCAACGAAACACAAAACAUGGAAGAAUUGCUUGAUGGCCCUACCUUUGACCUACUUACACAAGAAACCGACCUAGGUGCUGAUGUCGAUGAAACAACGGAUGCCAUGAAUCAAGAAGAUAAAAAAUCGAAAGAAGAAGAGACCAAGAAUAAAAUCAAUGGCAAGGGAGAGGCUGAAAAUGAUAUCAGAAAUAACGCUUGGGUAAAGGAACUUGAAUCAAAACGAAUAAAACCAAUUGGGAGGUUCAACCGGUCAUGCGAUGACCAUGAUGACGGAAUGGAAAUUGAAAUUACGUCAGAAGAACAGCAUAUAUGGGAUUUUCUGUUCGAUAUCAAAUACUCAAUGCCACGGAAAAUGGUCGUCUCUUUGUCUAGCGGGGUAACAAGAAAAUUUGGUGAAUCUGCUGAGUAA